AAAUCUCUUAUUUCAACACCAGCACGAUGGGGAACAAGCCAUCGCGAGGGCGUGCCAGCAGCAAGACACCCACACCUGGUGUUGGUGGUGGUGAGACCACCAACCCGGUGUCGGUCCUCAAGGGAGAGCCGGAAACCAAGCAGCACCAACUGCAGCAGGCGGCGUUCAUGGCCUCCGUUGAUCAGCAUGAGCAGCACAGCAGCACGAUUGACGAGGUAACCUUGGCGAAAGUCGAGUGCAUUCGCCAGUCCGUCAUUGGAUCAACCGCCACGCUGAAAGGCCCCUUCGGCGCCAAGCCGCUCAUCUACGCAGAUUACACGGCAAGUGGCCGAGCAUUGGGGCUGGUCGAAGACUACAUCCGAGAUGUGGUGUUGCCGCUGUACGCAAACACGCACACGGAAGCAUCUGCCACGGGCCUGCAGACAACACGGCUGCGAGAGGAGGCGCGAGACAUCAUCCGCGAAGCCUGCGGUGGCACACCCCAAGACCAUGCGGUGCUCUUCACGGGAUCCGGGUCGACAGCCGCCAUCGCAGAGCUCAUUGGCGUGCUCGACCUUGACAUCAAGGAUCGCCGGCGUUGUGCAACACAGGGCGCCGUCCCAGAGUCCAAGCGGCCCGUGGUGUUCAUUGGGCCGUACGAGCACCACAGCAACGAGGUGAGCUGGCGGGAGACAACGGCCACGGUCGUCACCAUCCCCGAGACGGCCGAUGGCGCCGUCAACCUUGAUGUGCUCAAGAAGAUGCUCAAGAAGUACAGGAAGCGGCCGCUCAAGAUUGGCAGCUUCUCUGCCGGCUCCAACGUCACGGGCGUGCUGACGGAUGUGCCCGCGCUUGCCACGCUGUUGCACAAGCACGGCGCCCUCGCCUGCUUUGACUAUGCGGCAGCAGCACCGUACGUGGACAUUGACAUGCAGCUUCGCAGCCACCCGUCCCACCACGCGUACCUUGACGCCGUCUUCAUCUCCCCGCACAAGUUUGUCGGUGGGCCGGGCACCCCUGGCGUGCUGGUGGCGCGGCGUGAGCUCUUCCAGAACGCCACCCCUGUGCACCCCGCUGGCGGCACGGUGGAGUUUGUGUCGCCCACGCGCCACAAGUACAAGGCGGACAUUGAGACGCGCGAGGAGGGCGGCACACCAGACAUUGUCGGCUCCAUCCGCUGCGGUCUCGUCUUCAAGCUCAAGAUGGACAUUGGCGUGCACAACAUCCACGCCCUGGAGAUGGCUGCACUCUCGGCGGCGCUCAAGGUAUGGACGAAGAAUCCAAAUAUUGUGCUUCUUGGCAACCAGACACUGCCCAAGCUGACCAUCACCAGCAUCGUCAUUCGCGUCGGCAAACGCUACCUGCACCACAACUUUGUCGUGGCCUUGCUCAACGACCUCUUUGGCAUCCAAUCCCGUGGAGGCUGUUCGUGUGCGGGCCCAUACGGGCAUCGCCUGCUGCACGUGACUGCACAGGAGUCGGACAAGUUCUCCGCGGAGAUUGCAAAGGGAGCAGAGGGCAUCAAGCCAGGAUGUGAUGACGGCAGCGAUGACUGA